UUUCUUACACGUGAUGAUGUGAUAAUUCAUCAGAAUAUCUUAUCAUGAAUACUUUUCGUUAAGUAAGCUUUAAUCCUUCAGUCAAAGCUUUUUAAAAAUUAUUCUAGUUGUGCAAAUAUAAUUUUUUGUGACCUACAAUCGAAGCAAAGUUUUUCAAGACGUGAAAAAGUUUCAAAUUCAUCGUGUUAUUCCUCCUUAUUAAAUACCAUUAUGGUUAACUGGCCAAUUUACACCAAAGACAACGAAUACAAGAAUUCUCAAAUCGGAAACGAAAACGAUAAAUCAUGGCAGGAAGACUUCUACUUCGUUCAAGGAGCAGAUCCUCAAUUCGGUAUGAUGGGAACUGCGUACGAGAAGGAUGGAAUUUGUCGUAAAGCUGACUGGAGCCCAGAAACAAUAAAUUGGGACGAAGAAAUCAGGCUAGCGAAAUUAUCAGUCGAAAAAGUUAACCAGCUUGACCCUAAGCCACGAUUUUUCAUCAUCUGCGGUGAUCUUACUCAUCAAAUGCCCGGAGAGUUUCCGAAACUGAAACAAAAACAAAUAGAUGAUUUCAAAAGAGUUUACAGUCAGGUUGAUCCAUCCAUCGCGUUAAUUUGUGUCUGCGGUAAUCACGACGUCGGCGAUACUCCUACUCCGAAAUCCAUUCAGAAGUACCGGACAUCUUACGGCGAUGAUUACUUUUCAUUCUGGUGCGGUGGAGUUUUAUUCAUCGCUUUGAACACGCAGUAUUACAAAGAUCGAAGCUGUGUUCAAGAAUUAGCCGAAGAGCAAGAUAAAUGGUUAGAUGAGCAGCUAGAUAAAGCCAACGGAUCUCCGAUCGUUUGUUUCUCGCAUAUACCAUGGUUUGUGAAAGAUGUCGAUGAAAGAGAAGGUAUAUUCAAUAUUCCUCUAGAAUGGAGACUGAAAGUAUUAGAGAAAUUGUAUACUGCUGGUGUUCGAUACAUGUUUUGUGGCCAUUAUCAUCGUAAUGCUGGUACGUUUUACAAAAACGAUUUCGAAAUUAUCAUCAACUCGGCGAUUGGUAUGCAACUUGGAGACGAUAAAUCUGGAAUGAGAUUAGUCAAAGUGUCCAAAGAUAAAAUUACACAUAAAUACUACGAUUUCGAGUCUUUUCCUAAAGAUUUGAAUUCGAAGUCAUAAUAAGUACAUUCCUACCUUAAUUCCAGCCGCAAUCAUUAUUUCCUGUCCAAGUUUUGAAUUGAAAGCAUCAGAGAGGUUCUGAAAAUACCAAAUGCGUUGAAAAUGUAAAUUACCUAAACCUAUACAAGUUGUACACUAUGGCAGCAUCGUUCGUUCUAUACCGUGUUUUCUUUACAAAAUAUACCAUAUUUAUUUGUAGGUA